UUCGGAGUGCAGAUCAUCUUUCGCCUUUGCCGAGCAGCAGGAGCAGCAGCAGACACAGCAAGGCGCAUUGCGCCUGGAGAGAUCCUCGGCGCAUCCCUCAGGCUACGGUGUCAGGAGCUCGGCAGCGGACGCCUCUCUGCGUCCACCAGCACGGCGGUCAGCGGGCACGAGCUGUCCUGUUACGACCAAAAAGGAUGGCAACAGCUCGUCGUGACGAAGAUAAAGGAGGCCACGAAAGACGCCACGCCCUUGCAUCAUGCAGCCAGUGAAGCCUCACGCUCACAGGCACGGCCAGUCCAUCCAGCUCGGCAUCCGGCGGCUGGCAUCGGCUAUGGGACAAGGAGAGGCCUCAGCAGAACAGUGACAGCACCGGCUCGCCAGUGGACCCUGGGGAGAAGGUGGCGUCGGCGGCACACGCUGCCUCUGCGGCAGGGCCAGAUGGGACUGAAGGAGCGGGUAGUGGUGAUGCCGCUGCUGUGAUAGAGAAUGGGGAAUCUGCGAACCACGGUGCAGGUGAGUUGAAGGGAUGAAGCACCAAUAUACAUAUGACUUGUUACGCCCUUCGUAUGUGUGUGUGCUUUGGUCAGGCGCUUGUGAGGCCCCGCCCACCUCUCCCAAGGUGUCGCCCGCUCCUGCUGGCGACAUCCACAGUGACGCGCACAUGAGUGCGCCAGCGAAGGAUGACCGAUUUGGGGACGGUGCCAGUCGGCCAUGUGCGGACCAGCUUCCAGACGGCAGGACGGGCGCCGCAGCAUCGGCAGAUGUGGCUGCAUCAUCCUCGUCUGGUGAUCGCCGUGUCGAGUGUGUCAAGAAACAGCCACCCUCCGUGCCCAGCCCGUCCAUGCCGUCUUGUGGCGCCGCCUUGCCAGGGAGCGUCAGGCCGACGGGUGGAGGCGAUGUGAAGCAGCAGAUGCAACAGGAUAGCGCAGAAGCGAAGCUUGGUAGGAAACAGAGCAAACCACGCAGGACACGGAAAGGGAGAGGGCGUUCACCAUUUGCUUAACUGGUUGUCUUUUGGUGCAUCAGGCCUUGUUGAUGUGGGUGGCCCUGCUAGCCAGCGAUCGUGUCAGCCACCCCCUACCUCUCUCGGCCCAUGUGAGGUCGCCUGUCCGCUGCAGAAGAUGAGCUCGGCGCCGUCACCGCUGUUCCCGCCAGUCUAUGGCGGUCCGCCACCACCACCCCUGCCGCCGCAUCGGCCCUUAUUGGCUCCGCCUCCCCUCUAUAGACCACGAUUCGCAUCACCCAUGCACCCACCUAUGAUGCCACCGAUCAUGGCGGAGCAGCAGGACUUCCUCCCGGUGCACAUGGCGCCACCAUACCUGGGGCCUCCGAUCAACCUCACGUUGACACAUCCGACGGUGGGCAGUGUGGGGUGGGUGGACAGACGGAUCCUCGUGAAUGCAUGAUACGUUUGAUGUUUGUCAAUGUCAGGUGGAGGGAGUUGGGAGACGAGUGCAGCCUCCGAUGGUCAUGAUGCCCGUGCCGAUGCUGCCGCCGGGGGGUGUGGCGCCGCCGAUUUUUGGCGGGGGAGGAGUGGGAAUGAGAAUGGCUGCAGGUGUGGGUGUGCGGGGAGGGGGUCAGCAGUCGCCAGGAGGGGACAGGAUGCAUGUGUAUGUCGGUAUCGGAGGCCCCCCGCAUCCACCACCUGCAGGGCCACCCCCGGCACAGCCACCACCCCCACCAUUCCCACCACCCCCACCCUCUCCCCGUCCAAUGGCCCCUCCCAUGCAGGGGAUCGAUCGUCCGCUUGUAUCACCACUUAUGGCUCGCGUGCCAAGCGGCCAGGGCUGGGCAGCUGCCAACCAAUACGAGGCUGCCCCCCACAGGCACGUGUACGAUGCAGCUAUACGGCGAUCGCACGCGGCUGUCCACCCCGCUCCCUCUCCACUGGCGACGGACGAGGCGGCGCCCCCAAUGCCUCCAACCACUGCCGGUGAGAGACGCAGCCGCACGAGGGAUCGGGAUGGAAGUGGGUAAAUGGCUCCUCUGUGCUCUCAUUUCAGGCUUCAGCUUCCAGUCUCCCCCGAUGCCGCACAAGUCGGACCACAUGCGGCGCUUGCUGCCCCCUCCAAAUGGGGAGGGACCGCCAGCUGCCCACAUCGAGGCUGACAAGGCCCUCCUGCCGAUCGCUCCGCUCGCCGAUAUGAACCGACCCUUGCAGCCGGCAAGGCAUUCGGCCACCGACGAAGACGUCAGCAUGGAACCACUCGCCAAGGGGGAGAAGGAAGAGAGCGAGGGUGCUAUGGAGAUAGAAGAGCGUCCCAGCUCUGUGCAGCAGAAUGCCCCUCCUGGCGCUGCUUCGAUGGAUGGCGAUGACAUCCCACACUUCAGCGAUUCUCCAAUUCCGCAGCAUGCAGCCCCGACUGUGUCCCUGGGUCAACAGAGUGCGGGUGGGCCAGCGGUGGUCGCCCACAUCGAGGAUGCGCUGGACGCUGAUGAGGCGUCGAGGGACCACAACACGCUGCCUCUGACGGUCGACGGUCGGAGCUCGUCUUCCCCCCUCCGUGACGUGAAAGCCGCCUUCCGCGCCAAAGGAACCAAGGGCAGCAGCCAGUAUGACCCCCUAUACGACGGCCGCACUGUCUUUCUGGCUCCCAGCCCCUCCGGCACUCACGAGGAUGCCGUCACUGCCAUGGUCGGCCCCCUGACGUCAGGUCGGCAGGAGUUCUUCGUUCGAGGAAAGGUGCAUCGCAUCCGGCGCAGCCCCUCUUACGACUUCAGCGACCUGACGGCCACGCUGGCCGAGGCGGGGCAGAAGACAGGCACCCUGCUGGAUGACAUUGUCGACGACGGCGGGCUGUCUGUGCUUGACGACAGUCGCCGUGACGGGCCGAUGCGACCAACUGCGACGGGGGUCCUCAAAGGCUUGGUGCGGAUUCGACUGGGCGCUGGACGGCCAAAUCGGAGGCGGCAAGGGGAAAAACGACGGGACCGUGCUGCCGGUCCGCUGCAUGACCAUUCCUUGCGGGCCUCUCCAGCUUCUGUGCCGCGCCAAGGUCAGCGACAGCGUGAGGCUGUGGAUCUGGCGGGGGGCGACAGUCUGGUGGAGCGGGAGAGGACAGAGGGUGAGGAGAGAGGGCUUCCUUCAUCGCUGACCUGUCGUCGUCCCUCGAGCCGCCGCUCGCCUGAUGUCCUCGUUCGUGAGGUGGAGUCGCUGUUCGAGCAGAUGAGCACGCCAGGCAGCGCUCGAUACGAUGAGGUGUUCGCCGGCCUCGAGUGUCUUGUCUUCCCUGAACCUGACAGCCAGUAUGAGGAGGCCGUGCGAUGCGUCGUGGGGCCGUUCCCUGGUGGUGACGCCGGCCCGUACUACGUGGAUUCGGUCGAGUACCCACUCGCUGCCACCAGCUCAGACGGCGGCAGGAGGUGGAGCUUCAUGAAAGGGAGUCUGACGAGAAAGAUCAAGACGGCACGCGAACGGAGGGGCUCUCCCCCCGCCCCAUCCCUCUGCACCUUCGUUCGGCUCCAUGGCAAACAGGUCGUGCGGUACAAGUACCAGCUCACGGCGGGACUCGCCUUCGACAGACGCAAGCGCCCACAGCCGCCGGCCGAGCAAGCGGCCAAUCCCGCGAGAGAGAAGGUGCCAACCGGCAAGAGGAAGAGGCGGCCCGACCGUGCAGUCUCUGAAAGCCCCGUCAGGCAGGAGGGGCGCGGGUUGGAGGAUGGGGAGGAGGAUGGCCUGCCGGGCAGCACAGCGUGUCCGGCGCGACUGCCGCAAGUGACAGGAGCAGACGGGGAUGGCCGAGAGGUGGAGCAUCGGUCGCCCGACGUCUUGGUUCGUGAGGUUGAGGCCAUCUUCAGCCGCAUGUCCACCGACAGCACUCAUCGCCACUACUCGCUCUUCAACGGCCUGAGUGGCUCCUUCAGCGUCAACCCCCACAGCUCACAUGAGGAGGCCGUCACGUGUGGUGGGUCCUUUCGCUGACGGGCAGGGAGGGGAGUACCACGUCGAGGCGGACGUGACGCGUGACCCUAAUCGGGUCUUGUCCGAUGGCUUCACAAGGUCGCGAUGGGAUUACAGCUGCCCCAAGGCGGUGGUCAAGCGCACGCGGGAGAGGGGCGGCCGGCCUCCCCAGACGACAGCUUUCAGCUUCGUUGAGAACGAUGGCAAGAGGGUUCUCAAGGACGCACGCAUGAUUCCCAAGACCAAGAGCGCCACGACGACGUCCCAGCCCCACAGAGAGCAGCCCAACAGAGCAGCGAGACGGCCGCCCAGUGUGCUCGACCAUGACCUUCAGCACGCCGCACAGCAUCCUCGGCAUGGCGCCCCUCUGCCCACCGCAUCAUUGGCCAAGUCAAGGCCGCCAAAGCGCGUCAAGGCCGAUGGACCGUCCGUCACGACCAGCCCAGCACAGCAAGUGGCAGAGUGUGAGGCCUUGUGGGCCCAGCUGUGUGACCCGUCAUCUGCCGAGCACGAUGAGGCCUACAGCGACCUCGACAACAAAGCGUCGUUCCAGCCUAACCCAAAGAGCCGCGUCACCGCGCGCAUCGACCCUUUCGAUGCGCCAGACGGCGCCAUCUACAUAGAGGGCGACUUUCGUCGCAACCCGUCACAAGGUCAGCAUCGCUGAGGUGUCGCAGUGGCUCGUCGGGAGGCUGCGGGAGGCGCAGAGGGGGGACUUCGGUCAGCUCAUCAACUCGACAGAUGCCACCAUGAUCAUCGAUAGCGAUCCCGCCAGCCAGUCCGGCCUCAAGCGCAUCUACCGUCACACUGCCGGGUGGCGUGGCUCUGCGGAACGCCCGCACGUCCCUCCACCGAAGAAGAGGCGGAAGGGAAGCUCGGGGAGGGCCGCACAGAGGCUACCGCCACUGAGAGAGCCGAAUGCCUCGCCAGGUGCUGCUGAGAUGAAGGAACCGUCGCGCGGCGAGGCUGCCUCAGCGCCCAACGCCGACGGCAAGCACCGCCCCGCCGCAGACGACGACGAUCCGAUGGGCGACCCUGACAAUGAUAAAGAGGGCGACGAGCGAAUCGCCAGCGGCCAUUCGGGUGAGGGAUCUGGCUGGGAGGACCGUCGGCCGCUGGCGACGUGGGCGAAAAAGGGCGUGGUACGUGUCGGCUCUGCUGGCGUCGGGGAUGGGAUGGAUGUGGAGGACACGGGCGUGCCUGCCAGCAAGAGGACAGCCACAAUGAAGCCACUCGAGACCCUGGAGACAUCGGAGCUUGCCAGGGUCCUCGGCAGCCAUCCCUGCCCUGUUCUGAGCAAGCUGAUGCCACCGAUCAUAGUGGAGGUGGGGGCGAGGGCGAGGACACAGACGGCACACUGAUGAUCGGUGGACGAGUGAUAUGGGUACAUGUAUCGUGUCUUGUCUUGUGUUGUGCACGAGGGGAUCGAGGGUUCGUCUUUGCCUGACCUGACUUUGACUGACAUGGCCGACAUGGGGAUGGCUGAUGAGGAGCAGCGCUGCAGGCUGCUGGCGUGGAUCGACAGCGUCAAGGGGACAGUGGUACGCGUCAAUCAAAACAAAACACGGGGGCGAAAUGGCUGACAUGUGGCGGCUGAUGGUCCUGUGGUCCCAUGUGUGUGUGUGUGUUGUGUUGUGUUGUGUGGUGUGGUGUGCAGGUGGAGGUGCCUGAGGUGCACCCAUCGGGCAGUCGUCCCACAUAGCGACGCCACUACCUAUUCACUCACCCACCCACCACAUUGCAUUUCAUUGCAUCCACACUCCAUGUCUGUGCAGAAAGGUGGGAAGGUGGGAGAGAGAGGGAGGGAUGGAGGGAGGGAGGGGCUGUAGGCUUGCCUUCGCCUGACUUACUGGGUGUCCAUCCAUCCAUCCAUCCAUCCAUCGUGUAUUUGUUAUAUUCUUUGCGUGCAUUCAUUGCGUGUCUGUCUGUCUGCUGUCUGUCUGUCUGCUGUGCCCUGGCUGUCAUCUCAGACAUACAUAUCACUGCGUGAGCUUUGUCUGAGCCACCGCAUACGCAGACACUUUCUGACAGGUCGAUCCAUUUGUCACCCAUUCCUUUAUCAACGAUGGCCGUCAUGUGCACACAGUACAUCAAAGGGGGGCCCGGCUAUCAUGCGUGUCACUCACUGAUGCGAUGCGUCGUUUGGUUUGUUGUGCGACGACCAAUGAGUUAAUGCUGCGCAUACAUGUAUGUACAAUUGCAUACACAAGACAGGUCUAUGUAUGUACCCACGCAGUUGUCAUUGAGUCAAGUCGGUCGUCACAUAGCUGGCUGUCUUGUACACUUGCAUUGCUGAUGGAUGGCUGGGGAUGGAGUCUACACCGCAUUGUAUGGGAUUGCAUUGCACUACAUGGGUCUCGUCUCGCUUCUCCCUCCCCUGUUUCUUUCUCUCUAUCCAUCCAUCCAUCAGUUAUGCUACCUCGCUGCCUGCGUGGGAGGUCAUGUCAUGCAUUGGUGGGUGGGUGCCUUUGGUGUUGGCGAAUACGGGCGGUAUCGACCGAUUGAUGUGUACAUACAUAAGUACGUGCUUGUAUGCAAAGGGUACUGCCAUUCGCUUGCACGGCCUGGCCUUUCUCGGUCAGCGCGUCUUGUCUUGCCCGCCGCUUUCAUUGUGUACACUACGUGCCUGCCUGACGGCCUUCUGAUGCAUCCUUCCAUCUGGAUGGAUGGAAGGACGACAUGACAUGCAAUGCGAUAUGUGUGUGGGUUGUCCGGGCCAUGGAAGGUUGUGUGUCCUUCCAUACCAUGCGUUCGUUCAUGUGCCUGCCGUGUGCGAACGAUGUGUUGGAUUCAUGUGUCUGCAUGUGCCACGCCACAUAUAUACGUACAGUACCGGUAGGUAACGUACCAUCAUCCGAUCCAUGCAUGCGUUGAUCGACACCACACGACAGACAGACAGAUAGAUAGUCA